AUGGCACUCGUUUCUAGCGCUCUCAACAUCUUUGGUGCCGUGCUGCUAGCACACGCCGUCUACAGCGCCCAUGAGCACUCAACCCUAGCCACCCUCGCUGGCGGUGUCCCCGUAUCACCAGUCCAUUCAUACAUCAUGCCUCAAAUCGACCUGCCGCUGGACAUCACCUUGGAGACUUUGACGGCAGUCCUGCUGCUCUGCGUCGGCAUCGUUAUAGGCAGCCCCGAGCUGAAGCCCAUCCAAUGGCGCGUAUGGGCCGGCAAGCUUGAGAAGGAGAAGAGCUCAAAGACACAGAGCAUCAACGGAGACCCUCUGGGACCUAGAGGAAACCCCUACGCAGCAUUGGAGCAGAGACAGGGCUUCCUCGACAUCAGAGCUCAGCGCAAGGACUUUGCUGAUUGGGUCAAGAGUGGCAGCAGCAAGAAGUGA